ACGGUAGUGGUGCUGUCCCGUUUCCGUUCAAGCUGGCUCCGUCGCGGUCGUUCGUCAGUCGUCGUCGUCCAUCCAGCCAAAGAAGCAGUGAGUGCGCGCUAGAAUUCGUGUGCACAUCUGCCGCCGCCGCCGCCGUCGCCUUCCUGUCAGAACCGAGAACACUAAAGUCAGUGUCGUAACCGAGUUUGGACGGACCGAAGCGUGUUACGCCAGCCGGGAUUGAAUCGGUGGGCAGCAAGCGAAACAGCCGUCACCGCACGAAGGCCAGACCGAAUUCGACCCCGUUGAAGGCUUAGCUAAGCAGCAGAUACUGGCAGCAGAGGUCAAAGACAUCAGCAGGCCUUGAGGAGGGAAGGGAAACAAACGUACACACACGGUCACUACGAGUGCGAGAUACAGAGACACAACACAUAGGCAGACAGAUAGAUCGUUGAAGGCGAGCGAACUAGCGGCGCUCAGUGUUUUCUCCUGGAUUCGGACGUCUGUCUGAGGCGUAGAUUGUUGUUUGAUCGAAUAAUAGGUGUGUAAUUCCUGGGUGAGCCGGGACGCAGUGUGUGAAUCAUUUUGUGUGUUUAGUUUGUGAAGAUCCUGUGCUAAAAAAUGAGUGAUGAAGAUAGUGAGGGACGGUUGACAACCGCAAUGGCAACAUCGUCCACAGCGACAAUCGUGACACAGGCCUCAUCUUCGACUCCGGCAGAAUCAUCAUCGGACGAUCUGCAGCAGCAAUCGGUGGCAACGACCUGCGGUUCGGCACGUGCCUUCGCCAAGGUCCCGAUCUUUAUUGUGGAAGAUCACCAUGACGUUCUAACGUUCCUGUACCGAUGUAUCGGUUCGAGGCAUCUGCCGCUGCGGGGCAAUACCAUCAUUCACUUCGAUUCACAUCCGGACAUGUGCAUUCCGAAGCAUAUGCCCGCCGGGUACGUGUUCAACAAGGAGGACCUGCUCGACAGUAUCAGUAUUGAGAACUGGAUGAUGCCCACGGUGUUUGCCGGGCAUGUGGAGCGGAUCGUGUGGAUCAAACCGGACUGGGCCAAUCAGAUGCCCAAGGGCAAGUAAGUGAACCUUGAAUGACAUGUGUUUACAUUAUUGGGCAUGAAAUAAGUACCGACAAGUAUGGGAUUUUUUGUAGUUAUAGGUCAUCCAUAAACUACGUAGACUUUCCGGGGAAAGAGGAAAGCGGUUCUAAACCAAAUGUACAAAUUUAGAAAUUAUUUCCUGGACAAAAGUCGACUAGAGUGACGGGUUUUGUCUACUUGGUUUAUGAACGACCCCAAAAAUCUAGAGCAGCGUUUCUCAAACUAUGGAUCGUUUGAUGGGUCGCGAAGUUUAGUUAUCACUUGAAAAAGCACUUGAUUACUGAGUAUUACUUAAAUGAGAAUUUAAUUUAUUUUUUUAUCCUUUGAAUUAGUAGAACAAUUUCCCGAAGCCCAUAAAUCAAUUGUUUGCGACUUUCCAUUUAAA